GAGGUAGCAGCAGAAGGAUCGCAUUCACAAUGGUUCCUUCAAUUACCAUAUUCUCUUCUCUCUUUAUUCUUCUUCUUCUCCACACUUCGCUUCCAGUUUCAGCUCAAUCAAUCGAUCACUUCACUUCUCAGAUCAACCAAAUCAACCAAAAAAUUGCUCACUUAGAAUCGGUUCUUGAAGAAACCACUAAAAAGCUAACAGAAAGGGAUUUGUAUCUGGAAGAAUGCGAAAAGCGAAUGAAUCACAUGUCUGAAACAAUGCAUCAUCUAAACUCAACUCUCUCUUCAAUCAAGGAUGAUUCAUUGCAUGCCGAGACACGAAUUAAAGCUCUGGAAGAAGAGGUACAACUUCUUUGGUCUACAUUGAGAAGGAACAACUAUGAUCUCCAUAUUUUAAAAUCUAAAGCGGAAGAUAAUGAACAGAGACUGGAAGAGGUUACUUCAAGAGUUGAAAAGAUGGGUGCCAUUGUGACUGAACAGUGGAUUCAAGUUCAGCAUCUUGAGCAGGCUCUUCACAUGGCCAAAUUGAGGACUCUAAAGGCUCGAUGGCAACUGAGCUUAACAAGAUGCACAUUCUUGAAGUUUAUCAACAACCUCUAUGAUGAUCUUCGGUCACUGGAAUCGUUUGUAUUUGGUGAAAAGCCUAUAGUAGGGUCAUUCAUCUCAAAGGCUAUGGACCACUUCAAGAGAUGCUAUUCAAUGAUUAAAAAGUAUCACCAUCAGCUUCAAGGUUUCAUAAAAGAUAUGAUGAAGAGAAAUGAAUUGACUGCUAUUCUUGUAAACGAUGAAUUAGUUUUCAUCCUGGCAUCUGCUUUAGUUACCUUUCCAUUAAUGAGUGCCUGGAUGAUGCUUUUAUCAUAAACCAUAGUUGCUGGGCAGGCGAGAUUUUUUUUUCUCCGACAGGAAAUUGUCUUCAUACUGUUUAUAUAGUGACUGGCGUCUGCAACUCUCUUUCAAUACUAAUGCUCGAAGAACAUUUGAUAAUUUUCUCACUUCUCAGUGAUGGUGGACAAAUAUAGUUUUGAUCUUGUAUGGUAGCAAUAGCCGAGAAUAUUUCUUAGUGUUAUAAUUUUGAAGAAUUUGGAUGUCAUAUUGUCAUGGAUUCAAACUUCUACCUGUAUAUAACUUGCCUGAAAGAUCCUAAAUAACAUGCUACUACUAGUCCUUGGCACUAACUUGUGUUAUAA